UAUAUGGCUGCUGCCUACUAAAUAACAUUAACUGUCACAUUUUUAGCAUCGAUGCAACGCAGGACAUAUUUUCUGCCGGCCGUAUGGUAAACGAUGCAAUAAAGGGAGAUAUAAGAAAAAAUGCAGAGAAGAAAAUAGUUCUUGUACAUGGAAAACCCCAUCUAUGCCUGUUUGCCAUCAAAGACAUUUCAGUAAAUGAGGAGCUGCGGUUCGAUUACGGAGUGCCAAAUUUACCAUGGAGAAAGGCUGGUGAAGACCUUGUCAAUCAUGAGGGAAACGCCGUAACAAAUGUGAAGUCACAGAAAGAUACUACUCGUAUGUCUGAUGAAGACGUGGCCCAUGAAGUUAGAAAUGGCGACAGACAUUUGGAGUCCCAAGCCGAAAUUUUUGCUGAUGAAGAUGUAGUCUACGAAGAUGGAAAUAGUCUGAGAACUGUGGAUUCACAGAACGAUACCUUGGAUGAGGAAGAUAUGAGCCACAGAUCCAGAAAAGAAGACAGGCCUGUGGAACAGUGCCAAGCCGAAGUUGAAGCUGAUGAAGAUGUAGUCUACAAAGUAAAAUAG